AUGGCUACACCACUAAGCCUCAGAGAAGGUAUGAAACCCAUGAAGUGGAAUGUAAUGAGGAAAUGGACAACUCUCUUGACACUAGACCUGACUGACAAACACCUGGGUCAGUUACCCGAUGAACUUUUUGACUUAAAUGAGUUGCAGGCUUUGAAGUUAGACAAAAACAAGAACAUCCAACUAUCUGAGAAGCUUACCAGAUUGACCAAUCUGAAAUUGCUGCUUUUAGAUGAUUGUAAUCUUAAGACAGUUCCGGCUGCCGUGAUGAAACUUCCGCAGUUACAAACACUGAGCUUCAGUACCAACGAGAACAUUACCCUGCCGGAUGAGAUGUCCAGCCUCGUUAACCUCACUGUCCUGCACUUAGAUAACUGCAAACUGGAUACACUAUAUCCAGUAGUGCUGAAACUACUAAACCUACAGAAGCUAAAUCUAAGUAACAAUAAGAAGAUAUCUCUACCAGAUGAGUUGUACAAACUUAACAAUAUCAUAGUGUUAUCACUACGUCAGUGUGAACUGGGCACCGUUCCCCCGGCAGUACUGAAACUCUCCCAGCUGGAGGAACUGGACCUCAGCUGGAACAGGGGGAUCCACCUGCCGAAAGAGCUGUCCGGACUCGCCAACAUCCGGGUGCUGAAACUAUGGGGAACAGACAUGGCCACCGUUCCUAUGGUAAUGUGCAGACUGAAACAGUUAGAAUGGCUGAACCUGAGCUCUAACCCACUACAGACGUUACCCGCGGAAGUUGGACAGCUCACUAACGUCAAACACUUGGAUCUGUCCUGCUGCCAGCUGAACACACUCCCACCUGAAGUGGGGAGACUGACAAAGUUAGAAUGGCUGUACCUGUGCUAUAAUCCACUACAGACGUUACCCACGGAAGUUGGACAGCUCAAUAACGUCAAACAGUUGAAUCUGUCCCUCUGCGAGCUGCACACACUCCCACCUGAAGUGUGGAGACUGACACAGUUAGAAUGGCUGGACCUGAGCUCUAACCCACUACAGACGUUACCCGCGGAAGUUGGACAGCUCACUAACGUAAAACACUUGGGUCUGUCCCACUGCCAGCUGCGCACACUCCCACCUGAAGUGGGGAGACUGACACAGCUAGAAUGGCUGAACCUGCGCUCUAACCCACUGCAGGCAUUACCCGCGGAAGUUGGACAGCUCCCUAACAAAGCUAAUCUAGACGUCAGCGAAAAUCCACUUAUUAAACCACCACCUGAAGUGUGCAGUCAGGGGGUCACUGCUAUCAGACGAUACUUUGACGAACUUGAACGGUCAGAGGAAAACGCAAACACCCGUUUGAAAGUCGUUGUCUUGGGAGAGAAAAUGGCGGGAAAAACAAGCCUGGUGCAAACCCUGCGCAGUGGCAAGUCUACCCUGACACGAUACGAAGACCGAACACAUUGUGUAGAGAUAACUCAUUGGGCACCUGAUGACAACGUCACGUUUGAAGUGUACGACUUUGGCGGCCAUGACGUGUACCAUCUCACUCAUCAGUUCUUUUUGACUCCAGAUGCUUUUUACCUGUUAUUAGUGAACCUUGAGACAUACAGCUGCACCGAACACCGAUACACAGAAGCCGUGGGGCUUUGGUUAGACACACUGAAUGCCCGCGUGCCGGGGGCAGUGGUUUCAUUGGUUGGGAGUAAGGAGGAUCGUUGUAGACCUGAUGACGUGAAAACAAAGACAUCAAAUAUUCAGGAAAGGAUCAAACAACAAAUGGCAUUGUGGGAAAGAAAUCUAAAGCAACGUAUCAACACACUUGAAAGUCUGCAGAAGAUGCACAAAGGAGAUUCCUCGAAGUCUGUGGAAGAUAUUACCCAGCAACUUACACAUGCUAAUCGCCUUUUGUCGCAAAGACUGCAUAUCGAUGGCGACGUGCACUGUGUGUCUGUGAAACCUAAGUUUCGACUUAGUUCAAUGUUUUCAAGCUCAUCUCACAUCAAACUGAAAUACUUUAUUUUGGAAACAGCAAGAAACACAACAUUGUUUCCGACACUGAGAACAAUAUUGCCAAAGACCUGGGUAGAUUUCGAACAGUCGCUUCGUAUUGAAGGUUCGAAAAGAGCGCCAGAAAAAGCGGCUAAAAAUGAAACGGGUUCUUCUGGUGAGAGUUCACCACUGGAAAACAUCCAGCAGUCCUGGUUGACAACAGCUGACUGUGCACGCAUCGGGCAGCUCGCAGGACUCUCAUCAGACAGACUGGAGUCGGUCCUGUCGUACCUGCAGCAGGUGGGAACCAUCCUCAGGUACACGGACAUACCGGAACUCAAGGGGCUUGUCUUCCAUGAUCCUCCUGCCUUGGUUGAAAUCUUCAAAGACCUGUUUCAUCACGAUACCAAGGAACUUUUCAAAACAUCCAAAUUCGCUGACUUCACUUCCUCUCAGCUAAAACAGUUUCAAUCGGUCCUUUAUGACCGCGGACUGAUCCGGAAGGAAGUGAUGACGCGUCUGUUGCCACCUGAAAUUAACCCUGACAUUGUUACAGCACUGAUGCAAAACUUCGGCCUGUGUUUUGAGAUGCAAGACGAAACGGACCCUUCCAAGCACAAUUGCUGGUACAGAAUCCCUUGGUACUUGCAGAACCACAUGCCAGUUGAAUUAAAGUAUGUCUGGCCAGAAGACGUACCAGAGGAGCAGGAACAGCUGCAGCUGAUGUGUGACAUCAGAGGGUUCUGUCCCCGAGGACUGUUUCAGAGGUUCAGUGUUGGGAUCCAUCCACUUGUCCAGGACAGGACAGACUGGAAAGACGGCGUCAUGGCCUACAGACAGGACUAUCCCGUACUGGUGUGUUCCAAACCUACUGCAGACGACACUUACAUCACCAUGGCAACCAGAGGCAGCCUCGCCCAGGCAGGUGAGAUGUGGGGCGUGGUCCACCCACUGCUGGAGGUGCUGGUCCAGCUGAUGCAGGAGUGGCCAGGUGUGCUGUACUCCCUCCACGUCACCUGUGCGCACUGCAUCAAGGCAAGACUGGACAACCCGCACCAGUACGACCUGAGGGACCGGACUGCAGAUGACGGCCGUGACGUCAGAUGUCCCAGGGUGAAGAGGACGGCAUCUACUUCAGCAGACCUUGUUUACAGACCAAGCAUGUUGUCUGCUGUCACGAGUAGAACAUCCCUGACCCAAAUGAGGCCAUCUCAGCAAAAUGACUUCUACAAGAUGACCUCUGACCCGCGCAGUCUCGCCCUGAUCAUCAGCAACAUCAACUUUACAGACCCGAGUAGGAACAGACCAGGAGGGGAGAAGGACCUGGACAACCUCAGGAAUAUUUGUGAGAAACUAAAGCUGCAGCUGGAGAUCAGAGAGGACCUUACAGCACAGGAAAUUGAAGCUGUAGCAAACGAAGUCUCCAGGAGAGAUCACGGCAGCUACGACUGUUUCGUGCUGUUCCUGUUGUCCCAUGGCGGGGAGACAGGAGUGCUGGGCACAGACGGACAGCACGUGUCUGUGGACAGCAUCGUUUCUAGUUUCCAGGCCUGCAAGAGUCUUGUGGGGAAGCCGAAACUUUUCUUCAUCCAGGCCUGCAGAGGAGUUGACACAGACAAAGGACUGGAACACACAGACGCUAACAUCGAUGAAGAAAGCAGCACCUCACAAGGCUGGAGAGAAGCAUCAGAUGGAGCAACUGAUCAGGCAACUAAGUCACCGCCUCCUCUACCAACCGCACCAGUCACAUCUGCAGCAUGUUUGGAGAGUCCUGAUGCCGGAGAGAAAACCUUACCAACGACGAGCGACCGGCUGGUCAUGUACGCUACAGUACAUGGUCACGUGUCCUGGAGAAACUCCGACACAGGCACGUGGUUGGUCCAGGUUCUUGCUGACGUCAUCACGGAACACGCCGAGACGGAGACACUACUGGAAAUGCUAACGAGGGUAAACGCUAAAGUGGCAGACUUCAAAACCCAGCACCAAGAGUACAAGCAGCAACCGGAAGUGACGCACACCCUACGCAAGAAGCUCUACUUCUUCCCUCAGGCUGCAGUUAACCAGAAUCCUUAGCGCCAAGUUUUCCAUUUUCAUAAUGUAACAAAAAGACCAGAGUCACAAUUUUGAACACGUGAAUGAUGCUAUAAAUAAAGGCAUAUUGAGACUAGACCAAUCUGUAAUAAAAUUCCUCCAAUCGAAAUAUAUUUGUAUCAGAAAAGUCCAUUUCGGUAGUUUAGCCUUACUGACAAACGUAAAUAUGUAUGUCGGAAAGAGAUGGACCUUCAGUAGUGUCCUGCAUUUCAAGCUCCCUUUGGGAGUGACCUAUUGCAUCGUUUGUAGCAUGUUGCUACUUCUAUGCACAAGAACAGCAAAUGCGUUGAUGUGUGACGUUAUAUUCCAAUUAACUAUCAUACAGAGCACUACCAUCAUCUGCAAAGAUGGACGGACGCCUACUACUACUAACGAUAGAAAAAUGUUCAGAUCGCAGGAAUAUGUUGAACCUUUAACUUUUGCUUCAGGAAGACGCUUUGUUCGUGAAUAAAUCAAUGUGUAUAGUACAGACUUA